GGGGUUUUUAAUUGUAAUAACAUUUUGGGGGGUUUAUCAGAGAAUUUGUGACUUUUUAAUCGGAGAAAACUGACCUAGCAAGUUCAGUGGAGCUUCUCAGAUUGGCCUGGCUUUCCACCUACACACAGCUCGAUGUGACUCUAAUUUUGUGCUGUGGAGGAUUUUCCCAUUUAUGUCCUGUUUGUUCACUUUGAGUCCCUAAUGAGUUUGCCUUUAGAAGGCAGUAUUGUAUCAGGGAUUGUAUCUUUGAUGUGUAGUUGGCAGCAGAUGUUUGCAAGGCUUAUAUUUAAUCAAUCGUAUAACCCGCGAAUCCAACAUCCCAGGGACGUGCUAGCCUGCACUUUCUGCCAAAGGCUCUCGGGGCCGGAUCUUUAAUAAUGAUGUCAUUCCAGCUCAGCAAGCAUGUCCCUUCUACACGGCUCUGUGCCUGGUUCUCGCUGCAGGUGAGGCCUGUAUUCGGGCUUUGCAAAAGUGAAACUAACAGUGUUCUGGAUUCAGCCGGCAGCCAUGGCCGCAGGAAACCCUGUACAAAGGCUCCAGGAGGAAGCUAUUUGUUCCAUCUGCCUCGAAUAUUUCAGGGAACCGGUCACGUUGGACUGCGGGCACAAUUUCUGCUUAGCCUGUCACCCAGUGCUGGGAGGCAUCAGAUAAAAGCACUUCCUGCCCUGAGUGCAGAGAAAUCAUUCAGCAGAGAAACUUCAGGAAAAACAAGCAGCUGGCUAAUAUUGCUGAACUAGCCCAAAAGCUAAGUUUGCAGGUAGCUGAGGAAUCAGGAAAAGCAUAGAGGUUGUGUGAAAAACAUCAAGAGCCCCUGAAACUCUUUUGUGAGGAGGACCAGACUUCCACCUGCUUAGUCUGUCAUGUCUCCAGGGCUCACAGGGACCACAGAAUGGUGCCAGUGGAGGAAGCUGUGCAGGAGUACAAGGAAAAAAUUGAGACUCAGCUAGUGAUUCUCAGGAAAGAAAGACUGAAGCUUCAGAAGUUUAUAGUGAAGAAAGAAAAUGUACACCAGAAAUAUUUGAAUCAUGUACAAGCUAAGAGGCAAAAGAUCACAAAUGAAUUUAAAGAACUGCACCAGUUUCUGGAGGAACAAGAACAAAUCCUGCUGGCCUUGGUGAGAGUGGUGGAAGAGGAGAUUGUGAAAGAACAGAAGGAUUUUGUCACCAGGCUCUUGGAGGAAAUAGCUGGCCUCAGUGAGCUGAUUAGUAAGAUAGAGGAGAAGUGCCAGCAGCCAUCGAGUGAGUUCCUGCAGGACAUUAGAGACACCUUGAGCAGGUAUGAAAAUGUCAAGUUUCAGAAAGCAGAGUUUUUUUCUAUAGACCUUCAAAAAAAAAUCCACAAUUUUGCUGAAACAUGCAAAACUCUAGAAGAUACAACAAUGAAAUUCAAAGAUCAUCUCUUGGAAGAAAUGGGAAAAAAUAGAGUGGACGUUAUUUUGGAUCCAGCAACAGCUCAUUCAAACCUAACCUGUCUGAAGAUCAGAGAAGUGUGGAAUACAAACAGGCAGAACAAACUCAGCCUGACAAUCCUGAGAGAUUCAGUUCUGCUCUGUGUGUGUUGGGCUCUGAAGGGUUUCUGGCAGGGAAACAUUACUGGGAGGUGGAAGUGGGAAAUCAGGAAGGCUGGACAAUUGGGACUGCUAGGACAUCAGUGAAGAGGAAGGGAUGGUUCUGUUUUAAACCUGAGGAAGGAGUUUGGGCUCUGAGGCAGCGCUGAAACCUUCUCCAAGCUCUCACCUCUCCUCGAGUCCUUUUGACUCUCACAAAGAGACCCACAAAGAUCAGAGUUUAUCUGGACUAUGGCAGGGGGCAGGUGUCAUUUUAUGAUGCUGAUAAUGGAACACCAAUCUUUACUUUCAAUGAUUCUUUCAAUGAAAAAAUCUUCCCUUUCUUUUCACUUUGGUCUCCAGGCACAUACAUUAAACCGUAUUCUUGAAAGGUAAUAAAUACAUUACAUAGGUUAUCAUUUGUCCUACUAUAGGAUAAGAUAUCAGUUUACUGAAGUGUACAUUUUAAAGAACCGUGUAAAAAGCUAACAUGCUGGAAUUAGUCUCUUGAACAUUAUUGCAGAAGAGAAUUUUAUAAUGCUUAACAGACAACCUAGAAGUGAUGUACCCAUUUCUCCUAUGAUGCUUGCUCCUUUGUUACAACUAAAGGAGCAAGCAUCAUAGAUUACAUAGUAAUAGUACCACGUAUGUAGCAUAAAUAUAAAUCAUUUUAAAUUCUGCCAUGUAUGGAGAGUAAUGGCUGCCAUCACUCCCCAGAAGUUCCAUUAGGAUUUUAUGAUGAGUCUUCCCUACAAACUGUCCAGUUAGCUCCCAGUUACUUCUACAGUUUAAAAGUAAUCCAUAAAAGAAUCAAAUGGAACAAUGGAGCUGAGAUAGAAAUGUGUUGCUCCUUUCAAAGGCUGGUCUUAGGCUACUCAUUUUGUGUUUUCAAAGAAAAAAGAACCCCAAGAAGCAAUUACUCAAUGGGUGUGUCUACAUGUGCAUUUAUGCUGGUUUAAAUUUAAUGUGCAGUAAAUUACUGCGUAGUAAGUGGGAAUAGGCCAGUGUCUACAUGUGCAGGCAUUAAAGCACAUCAAUGCUAUGUGUGGACUGACUUGGGACUGAAAUUAGUCCCAAAUCAGUCUACACACACAGUGUUACUGCGCAGUAAGGCGUCUACAUGUGUGUUACUGUGCAGCAAUUAACUGGGCAUAAAUUUGAUACCUGCAUAAUGCAGAUAUCAAAUUUAUGGCCAAGUCAGCAUAAAACACCAUAUUUACUGCACAGUACAGGUGCGCAUGUGUAGACAUUUGCCCAUAAUGCACAGUAAUUUCAGUUCCUGCACAGUAGAUGUGCAAUGUAGACACGGCCAUUGUGAAGUAGUUGUUCAGCAGCUGUUAAAAUAGUCUCAGAAAAAAGUGUGCCUUUGUAGGGAUCAGGUGUUGGUGGCACAAACCCAGGUUUGAUGAGGACUGCUCUAAAGCUAAAAAUUCCUUAAUAGUAGCCUUGAAGGAGUACAAGUCUAAAAAUGAGUGUCAGUUUCCAAUGGAUCAAAAAGAUUAUAUUAAAAUAAAAAAAACUUAUAGCUAGAAAGAAGAAACAGUAUCAAGGGAGGCUGUGGCAGUUGCAGGGAAAAAUUAAAGUUAAAAAAGUUUCUUAGCAGAUUAUAGCCAAAGGAACAAAAUAUAUAUAUAAUCAUAAUCCCUGAUGUGUAUAUUCCUGAAGAAAUAUAGAUUUUGUUUUUAAAACUAAGUUUAACAACUUACUUGCAUUUGCUAAGGAAAAAUUAUGACUGUCUGCUAAAGAAAAUUGUGUUUGUUAAAUAUCAAGCAGAUCACAGCCUCACCUUUGAAACUCAGGUAGGUCGUGCAUAUCCCUAUUUAGUAAUGGAAAGGCCCCUGACCUUGGUUUUAUGUCCCCAGAAAUCUUCAAGGAAUUUGCUGAUGGGUGGUGUCCAAUCUGACUCCCCAAAAUUGAUAUAAAUAUUUUACAAGGCAUCUAUCCUAAGUAUUGCACUGGAAAUAUAGUCCCAAGUUUUAAAAAUGAUGAGUGAGAGUCUGCAGGAUAUUGUCCAAUUAAUCGUAUGUGUGUUCUAGCCAAAAUAUUUGGAAAACAGUCAUCUACAUACAUGGAUCUCUGAUGAUAAGACAUUUUGAGAAAAGACCAGGCCAGUUGCAGAGAAGGCUAUUCUUGUAUGGGCCACUGCUUGGCGUUGUAUUAUCUGGUAUCAAAAUAUGUGAAAAAGACAAAAUCAUUUAUAUGUAGCCUUCAUAGAUUUAAAGGAGCUUUUGAUUCCUAAAAACAACUAAAAUUAUAGAAGAAACUGGCAGUAAUGUCACCAAAGCUUUCCUGGAAUUAAUCAUUGCUUACUAUUCAAAUAUAGCCUCUAGGGUGUGUUACCAGAUUGAGUUGUACCACCAGUACAUAUGACACUGUAUUUUAAUAUAUGUACCCUGUUUAUAAUCUCUGCUCCAUCAGAGUCCCCUCUCCAACUUGAUUGAUGUAAUAAUGUCACAUUCCUUUUAACCUCAACUCCAGUCCUAUAAACUCUACUGUGUCUGCUUUUCUUUAAGAAUAUGAACAAUUUUUCCUCUGUAGUAAUGGGAGUCACUUUGGAGCCUUGUUUUCAUGUCACUCUUUCCCAAUGGUCUCUCCCAGAAGAGGGUUCUGUGUAUGGUCCUGCUGGUUUUGUUUGCCUAUAUUGUCCUUAUUCUUUAUGUAUUUAAUAUCAAAGGUAAAUGGUGGGGUGGGAGACUCCCUUCAAUCUAGUGGGAAAGUUGGUUUAUUUUAAUAGCAAAGUGCCAGAUUUUUUAGUUUCUUACUGAUGAGCAUGUCUUCAAAAGAAGCCCCAUUGAAGUGAAUGGAGCUAUUCCUAUUAUUAAUGGUGGAAUUCAGUUUAGUUUUGGAGAAACCUAAGUGAUAGUCAAGUUUUAAAUGCCUAAGUUGCAAUUCAGUUUAAAUGGGAACUUGCUCAGGAUCACAGAAAUUAUCUGAGGUAGAGCAGGACUGGAACUUGCUACACUGAAUCUCAGGCCAAUGUGCUAACCCUUGUAUCACGCUCUUCAAUGUUUUUCAGUGAGUAAAACAUUUAGCCAAACUCUCAA